AUGGGUUCGUCGAACAAACAUUGGCCUAGCAUGUUCAAGAAGUCCAACUAUCACAAUUCGCAGCAUGGCAUCAACUCCUCACUUUUAUCCACUGGUUGUCAUGGUGAUGAAAGAACUCCAGAACCAAAGCCAAGAUGGAAUCCAAAACCAGAGCAAAUCAGAGUUCUGGAAGCUAUCUUCAACUCAGGGAUGAUGAACCCUCCAAGGGAUGACAUUAAGAAAAUACGGGAACAAUUACAAGAGUAUGGCCCAAUUGGUGAAGCUAAUGUUUUCUACUGGUUCCAAAACCGCAAAUCAAGGAGCAAGAACAAGCAUAGGAAUUUUGCAAAAAGAAAAAACAAAAACUCUGUACCUCCUAAUAAUAAUUCCAUAAUCUCAGCUCAAACCAUCUCAAAUGACAAUGUCUCUGGGAACCAAAACCUAGCUACUGAUUAUUUUCACACUCCCAUUGAAACUAAUUUUCAACUAUCUACACCACCUUUAUUCUCUUUCCCCAAUCAGUUCUCUAAUAUGACUCAGCAGUUGCCUCAACAAAAUGUUGAUGUCCCUAAUUUGCUUAAUCAUGAGAUCUUAAUCCCAAUGAAUGAGAAGUAUGAUCAAGGGAAUAUCCAAGAUCAUGAAGCUACAAUGAAUAUCAUGCAACAACUACAAGAAGAUCCACAACUGAUCAGUUUAGGUGUGACUUCAAAUUCACUCAAUGAUGAUUCAACUCUUCCUCCUCUUCCACCAAUUGUUGAUGCACCUUUUACCGAUCCAUUCUCCAUUACUCAACUUCAAGGUGUUGGUGAGGCAGAUGAUUUUUCGAAAAAAUGCAUUGUGAGUAUUAACAACCAGAUAUUCAAGGUUGACGUUGGGCCCUUUAACAUCUGUCAAAAUUUUGGAAAUCAGGCGGUUCUUGUUGACUCCUCCGGCCAAACUAUUCUCACCGAUGAGUGGGGUAUGACGCUUGACUCACUUCAACAUGGUGCUUCUUAUUACCUGACGAAGCAAAGAAAAGCGAAAAAGUAG